UCCAACCAAACAAUCACUUCUCAUUCUCAAAAACACUCUUUUUUCUCUCCUCUUUUUGCUCAUAUACAUCUAAAUCUCAAUCUCAAAAUAUACACCCUACAUUAGUAGUAGUAUUCCUUGACACACUAACUAUAUUAUUACACCAAUUUAUCAUGGAUACAGUUGGUAGUCUUAGAGGUUUCAUAGCCAAAACCACAUCGGCCAACCACGACGAAUUCUUCGCUAGGCGAUGUGUGUGGGUGAAUGGACCAGUGAUCGUUGGUGCAGGCCCUUCAGGCUUAGCUGUGGCUGCAGGCCUUAAGGAACGUGGUGUGCCCUUCAUUGUGCUUGAGCGAGCUAACUGCAUUGCCUCGCUAUGGCAAACACGAACCUACAACCGCCUUAAACUUCACCUUCCUAAGCAAUUUUGCCAACUCCCAAAGUUUCCUUUCCCUGAUCAUGUACCUGAGUACCCUUCCAAAGAUCAGUUCAUAAACUACCUUGAGUCCUACGCAAACCACUUUGACAUACAACCACAGUUCAAUGAAUCAGUACAGUCUGCUGAGUAUGAUGAAACUUGUGGUCUUUGGAGGAUUAAGACUGAUCAAUCCGCUAACCAUCGCGAGGUUGAGUACAUUUGCCGCUGGAUUGUUGUUGCCACUGGCGAAAAUGCUGAGAAGGUGGUGCCUAAGUUUUUUGGCUUUCAUGAAUUUGGUGGUGAUAUCAUCCAUGCAUGUGACUAUAAAUCUGGCGAAAAUUACCGUGGUAAAAAAGUUUUGGUCGUUGGAUGUGGAAAUUCUGGCAUGGAAGUCUCUCUUGAUCUCUGUAACUAUGAUUCUACGCCAUACCUUUGUGUUCGUAGCUCGGUUCAUGUAUUGCCUAAGGAAGUGCUCGGAAAAUCGACAUACGAGUUGGCGGCAUUGCUGUUGAAAUGGGUUUCACUACGUACAGUUGACAAGAUACUGUUGUUUCUAGCAAGUUGGUCUCUAGGAAAUACUGAUAAAUAUGGCCUAAAAAGGCCGGAAGUCGGUCCGUUAGAGCUGAAGAAUACUGAAGGAAAGACACCAGUGUUGGACCUUGGCACCUUUGGAAAGAUCAAAUCUGGACAGAUUAAGGUUGUUCCUGGUAUCAAGAGAUUUGCCAGGGGUAAAGUUGCAUUUGUUAAUGGAGAAAUUCUUGAGAUUGAUUCCGUUGUUCUCGCUACCGGAUAUCGUAGCAACGUUCCUUCAUGGCUAAAGGAAAGUGAAUUCUUUUCCAAAAAUGGAUUUCCAAAAGCACCAUUCCCAAAUGGAUGGAAAGGGAAUGCUGGACUGUAUGCAGCUGGGUUUACAAGAAGAGGCCUAUCCGGCGCAUCCGAAGACGCCAUCAGAGUAGCAGAAGACAUUGGCAAAAUCUGGAAAGAAGAAACUAAACAGCAAAAACCACCUGCUGCUUGUCAUAGAAGGUGUAUUUCACAGUUUUAAGCAAACAGAAGCCAGAACCACAAAACUGUCACAGUUUUUAUUUUUUUUUGUCUGAUCUAUACGUAGUUAUUCAAUUCUGAAACUACAUGAAUCAGGUUGCAUAGAAAUUUUUUCUUUAGGAAAUACAAAGUUUACAGAGCAGCCCUCUUCCUGAAAAGAUCACAGGCCCUAGUUUGACAAAGAUUAGGGGCACUUUUUGUAUAGAGGAAGAUGAGGCUUUUUCCUUUUUUUUCUCUUUUUACUGUGUGAAAUAUCUUGAUGUAACAAUGAAUUAAUCUAAUCAAAGUUAUAAUUGCCUCUCAUAUACAUACUUUGGAGCAUCAAUUUCAUCAGACACCUGAAUGUGACUCAUUGUGAAUUUGUGAUAAGGUUAUCAUAAUUCAUGUAAUAAUAAGCUAAUUGACAACAUACUCAUAUAUGAUCC